AUGACAACUAUAGAAGACUUCCAAUUAGGUGUGACAGCUUGUCUCCGGUCUUGGUCGGCUCUACGAACAGCAGUUGAAUCUGGUUGGGGAGGAGGCGAGCGAGAAAGUCAAACCAAAGCGGAGAAUCUUCGACAAAGUAUUUUGGAGCUAUUGGACGGAAAGAAACAUCCUUCUUCUUGCUCAGAGUACGAUAUUGCUGACAGCUUGGCAAUAUACAUGGAAGAGGAAUUCUCUGUAACACUGGAAGACAACUCGGAGCAGCAGGUUGCGGCAAUGAUUGUCAAGAUGUACGAGGGUUUAUUCCAAGGUGAUGGAAGACUGUGUCAGCAAAUACUGUCCAGUGCAGAUGGAGCCAUUGCUUUCAACACUCAGUUUCCAGUUCAAAUCCAAACUACUGAACAUGAUGAUGAAGAUGAUGAGAAUAUGACGGACGCUACAGGGGACGCAGCCAAUGCUUCCAUUACUCCUCCGCCAUCGGCUAUUUCACAAGCUAACAGGCUUGAUGAACCCCUUUUUGGUGCUCCAAGGCAGCCGAAGCCUCAACUUGCACCAGUGCGACAAUUGGGAGAAACAUCAUCUCCGGAACCAGCUGUUGAAGUAGACGAUGACGGUUUUGCUCCUGUUAAACCAAAAGGAAGGAAAAGGAAGUAG